AUGUUUCAAAGAAUUUAUCGUCCUGAACUUAGGUUUUAUAGUGUCAUGGCUAAUAUUUUGGACCAGUAUGAAGAAGCAUAUCAGAAAUUCACAGUUUCGAAAAAUGUUCCGAAACAUGGAUUUAUUGAUAUGAAAUUAGAAGAUGACACUCCUAUAUUUAGUAAAAAAAGGGUGAAUUUUUCACCUCCAGAUACAAUAUCUCACAUGGCAGUGGGAAGCGACAUAAUUAUAAUAGCUAUGAAUAAUGGAAUUUUGCUAAGAAUUAAUUUAAGAAAUCCAGAUAAUCCUGAAGAAAUUGAUUUAUCUAAGUAUUCUAAUAUGAAGUUAACUAAUGUAUUUCUCGAUCCAACUGGUCAACAUACUCUUUUAAGUUUAGAAUCGAAAAUGUAUGAUGUUCCAUCUGAAAUGCUUUAUCUUUCAAAGUCAAAUUCAAAACUAAAGCAUGUGUUUGAUAUCGGAAAAGGAAUAGACACACCAAUAACUGGUUUACACAUAUACAGGAUACCUGGAAAAGAUAAAUAUUUUAUAUUGGUAACAACUGCAACCAAGCUUUAUCAAUUCAAAGGAACAACUACUGAUGAUAAACCAGUUUUGCAACAAGUAUUUAAAACUUAUUUAAAUAUGCCUGAAAAAUUUGAAACUGUACCUUGUGGAAGUACAAUUGCUUCAAAGCUUGAUGUUUAUUACAAUAAUAUAAAAGAGGCACCUAAAAGAUUUGCUUGGUUAACAGCAAAUGGCAUUUACUAUUCCAAUAUUGAUCCAAAUUCCGAUGAAGAUAUCAAACUGGAAAACUGUGAUUUAUUAAAGUUUAAUCAAGACAAUGAUUCCAUUCCUAAAAGCUUUGUUUUAACAGAAUUUCACAUAUUGUUGUUGUAUUCUGAUCACGUGACUGCUUAUUCUUUAUUAAAUCAGCAAGUUGUUUUUGAAGAUUAUUACAUUGAAAGUUAUGGUCAAUUGGGUAAUAUAAACAGAGAGCCUUGCAAAGGAACAAUUUGGUUAUUUACGGAAAAAAACGUUUUCAAUUAUAAAAUAAUACAAGAAGAUAGAAACGUUUGGCAAAUAUACGCGGAUAGGGGAGAAUUUGAAUUGGCAAAAUUUUUUUGUAAAGGAAAUCCCGUUUAUUUGGAUCAAGUUACGUUAAAGCAAGCGGAAUCUCUUUUUCAAGAAAAAGAAUAUGAGAAAAGCGCCGAACAUUAUUCGAAUAUAAUGUCAGUAUCAUUUGAAGAAAUAGCUCUCAAAUUUUUACAAAUUUCCGAAAUUAAUUCAUUAAAAAUAUUUCUCAAUUCAAAAUUGAAAAAUUUAAAACAGGAUGAUAAAACGCAAAUAACAAUGGUUGUUGUUUGGUUAAUUGAAUUAUAUUUGAGUCAACUGGGUACGUUAAGAGAAAAAAAUAAAGAAAACACGGAUGAGUACAAUGACGUGCAAAAAGAAUUUGAUGAAUUUAUGACUGUGCCUGAAGUUGUUGAAUGUGUUAAAAACAACAAAGGGACGGUGUAUGAUUUGAUGGCAACUCACGGAGAUGGAAGAAAUUUGAUUCAACUGACAAUCAGCAAUCAAGAUUUUGAAAAAGUUAUAAGGCAUCAUAUAUACAAAGAUAAUUAUGAGGAAGCCCUACAAGUAUUGAAAAAAGCUUGUCUCACGAGAAAAGAUCUUCUUUAUCAUUUCGCUCCUACUCUCAUUCAAGUUAUUCCAAAAGAAUUGGUGGCACUUUUAAUUCAACAGGGAAAAAAUUUAAAUCUUUCAAAAUUAUUACCAGCCUUAUUGAUGUGCAAUGAAGAUUCAUGGGCUAGUUUAGAAGCCAUCGAGUAUUUAGAAUUUGCAAUUUACAAACUUCAGUGCACAGAUCAAGCUUUUCACAACUACCUUUUAUCUCUGUAUGCUAAAUUCAAGCCUCAAAAAUUAAAGCAAUAUUUGGCUGCUCAAGGACAGGAUGCCUCGGCUGUUAAUUAUGAUAUUCAUUAUGCAUUAAGAUUAUGUCAGGAUCGUGGUCUCACCGAGGCUUGCGUUCAACUAUCCGCUCUUUUAGGUCUUUGGGAAUCUGCUGUAGAUUUGGCUUUGACAGUGAGCGUGGAACUCGCAAUAAAAACAGCUAAUUUGCAUCAAAGCGAUCCAGAAUUGUUAAAAAGACUAUGGUUAAAAAUAGCCGAAUGCGUCAUAAAAGACAAAGACGAUAUAAAAUUUGCAAUGGAAUUUUUAAGAAAAUCCGAAAUAUUAAAAAUAGAAGAUAUUUUACCUUUUUUUUCCGAUUUCGUUACGAUCGACGAUUUUAAGGAAGCCAUUUGCACGUCGUUAAAGGAAUACAAUCAACACAUUCAAGAUUUGAAAGAAGAAAUGAACGAAGCGACGAAAUCUGCGGAAAUCAUUUUGCAAAAAGUUUCUGCAUUCAAACACAGAUAUUCCGUUAUAAAGGCUAGUGAUAUUUGCUCACUGUGCGAAUUACAAUUACUUUUUAGACCAUUUUACAUAUUUCCCUGCGGUCACUAUUUUCAUUCCGAUUGUUUAAUAACCGAAUUAUUACCGUUACUACCCACCGAACCGAAAAAUAAAUUAUUGGAUUUGCAAAAACAAUUGAAUCAACUUUCGUCGGGUCAACAAAUGGAUAACAUAUCGAUAAAUUCCGUGGCAGCAACCAGAGACGUGGUUAAAGCAAACAUCGACAACAUUGUAGCAUCCGAUUGUUAUUUUUGCGGGGAUUACAUGGUGGAUUCGAUCGAUAAACCGUUUAUAUCGGAAGCCGAUUACGGUCGAGUAAUGAAAGAAUGGGAGUAA